AUUUGCUGGUCGGCUUGAUGAAUGUUCUGCCAGAGCUCAUACUGAGAAUUGGGGCGCAGUUCUUCUCGCAGUAUGACAUAAUCUGCAAGGUGUUUCGCACUUCGAUGGUGUUUCCUCUGAUUCUGUCGUCAAACGUGUUGGUCGCACUGAGUAUCGAUCGCUUCUACGUCAUCGUUUACCCAAUGAAAAUUGGAAACGAAGGCAGCAGAUCGCGCUUCAUGAUCCUGAUGGCGUGGCUGGCCACUUUGGUGGAGACGAUCCCGUUUCCCUUCGUGUUCCACUUAGACCCCUCCUCUGGACCAGAAGGACUGCCCCAGUGUCUGGUUGAGAUAGAACAGAACCACUGGCUCAUAAUCUACGUCAUCUACUCCUGUGUCAUCUCGUUCGCUCUCCCUUUUGUCGUCAUUGUCGGAUGCUAUGUUGUCAUCAUUAUAACUGUGACGAAGAAGGCAAACGCAAGCGGGCUAAGGCUGGGCGCCAAUUUCUCCAAAUCCCCCAGUACGCAAACAAACCAAACAGCAACCGGGCAGAAAACCAACAACUCUCUGGGCCGACUGGUCUACAAGGCCAAGAAACCAGCUCACAGCCAAAAUCCAACUGCCAGUGGCAGCUCCAUGUGUCAGGCAUCGUCACGUGACUUUCAAAGUGAUGGGGCCAGUUUUUCAACGACAGCAGGGGGCUACCAUAAUGGGGGAGCCAUGAUCCGAUUGGCGUCUUCGGCUGACGGAGGCACGGGCAUGAUCGCAAGCUCAAGGGGGAUUAUUCCUCGGGCGAAGAUAAAGACGAUUAAGAUGACUGUGAUAAUCGUUGCUGCAUUUGCGAUCUGCUGGACUCCUUAUUGGGGCUACACGCUGUUCAGUUUCCAGAACAAGAGCAACGGCAGUGAUCCUAUCUGGGUCAUCAUCCAGAACCUCUCCCCCCUCAACUCGGCCGCUGACCCCCUCAUCUAUGCAGUCUUCACCACUAACCUGUGGAAGGAACUACGUCGUCUGAGAGUUGUGAAAUUCUUUUGUGGACGUUGUAUGGACCCCCAAACCCGCCCCGCCCAACGAUUGAACGACACCCAACGACGAACCCUGAACAAAGUAACGUCAGUAAACGUCACAAACACAACUAACACCACCCGAGGAAGCCUCGCGUCCAUCCGAACAUUCUCGCGAGGCUCCGUCCCGCGGGACCGACAUGAACAGGCGCCACCGGUGAAUCUGCUGAACUCAACUUUUCCUUCCCGCUGCUCCCGUAUGAUGCAACGGGAUAUUUCCAUUCCGAAAAAACCGGCCCUCAGCGUGAUCGAUUCCGAAAGCAAUGAGCAAGAACAGUCCCGAAUUUGAUAGAACGCGUUUUAUUUUUUCUGUAAACUCAACUCUCACAACUCUUUCAAUCAACGUGGGGUCUACUCUUUUAACCGAAGGGCCGAAUAGUCAGCAUUUAAAAAAUAAAACAUACUUGAACACUGUGUCUAACUGAAAUAUCACGCUGAUUUCUGCACUCUUUUGAAUGUUUGAAAAGUGAAUGCUGAUUGCGGCUACCAUAACUUUGGACAUUUGGUCCUUUUGGCUUGAGGGAUUCUUCUAUUGACAGAUCAGAUUUUGUUCAUAGUUAGUGCUCGCUGUUUAACAAAAAUGAGAGCAGUUUGUAUCGAAUCUUAGAAGAAUCAAAAACUUUAUUAAUCAUUUUGCGGUUCGACCAAAUCAACUUUCCAGACACUUAUGAAGAGUGAUGAAACCCUAA